GAGGUUGGGUUUGGGUGUCGAGUCCCACCCUCUCUCCCUGUCGCUUCGAUACCCUUCUCUCUCGCCAUUAUUAACAAUUGUCAUCUUCUUCUCUCUCUCUCUCGCGUAGUCUCAUUUAAGCUCUUGCUCAACUAGAACACAGCCCCUGUAAACCAUUACUCUUCGUCUCACAAGGCUCUGGCACAUCCUUUCUCUCUUCCUGUGCAACUAGGGUGGUGGCAUGAAAGUAAAAAGAGAGGCUAGGUUGAUUUGGAGAUGAGCUGAUAUGAGUAGACUGUCAAUUAGGCCUCGGCCUCUCGACAUUCACAAGAAGUUACCCAUUGUAAAAUCUGUAAAGGAUUUUGAGGAUGAAGAGACCCCCACCUCUACCCGUAAUUCGCAGUAUCGUAUCACUGCAGAGGCUGAAAAUGAGGUACAACAAAUUCCUAGCAAGAAAGUGGCAUCGGAAAUUCCUAUUCCACAAUUUGUUGUUGUGGAUACAUAUGAAAGAGAUUAUUCCUGCACUUUUACACAACCAACAUCAUACUUACGAGCAAGGGGAGCUCGGGCUGAACUUGGAGAGUUUGUCGAGUAUGACGUGGACAACGAGGAUGAAGAUUGGCUCGAAGAGUUUAACAAAGAAAAAAGGCUUCUUUCCCCAGAAAAGUUUGAAAUUAUCUUAUUUAAAUUGGAGGUAUUGGAUCAUAAGGCUCGGGAAAGAGCAGGAGUUAUAACUCCUACUCUUGGCUCGCCCAUUCCUGUACUUCUACAGUUUGAUGCUGCUGCUGAGGCCAUACUCUCUGGCUCAGUAAAAUAUGGAGUUCUCCAGUCUAUUUAUAACUAUUGGAAGGAAAAGCGUGAACGGUGGCAAAAGCCUAUUUUACGGCGUUUGCAGCCUCCUCCACCUGUUCAUGAUACCAACCCAUACAUUGUGUUUAGGCCGAGGGAGAAAGCCCAUAGACUUCACACAAGAAGAAUGCAAAGGAGGGAAAACAAUGUGCAGUCUUUUGAAAAGCUUCGCCAGGUUAGGCGCAACUUCGGCCAAGCCAAGAGCCUAAUUGAGGCUGUGAUCAAGAGAGAGGAGAAAAAAAGAGAAGUCAUGGAGAGUGACGUUAGCCUACAAAGGAUUCAAAUGAAGUAUAAGCAUGAAACUGAGCUCCUUGAAGACAGCAUGGCUCUGUCUGGAUUGUCAUCCUUUCCUGGAAAGUUUGGUUCGAGUGAGGAGGAAUUUAUGGACUUGGAUGAUGUUCCAUACAGACGUCCCCCUACGCGACCUGCUGCUGUGCAGAAUAUGCCUUUCAUGGACUCCAAACUGGUUAUGGUUUCUGUGGAAAGCAUGAAGCGAGAGUUCAGACGGCGGAGUACCCCCUAUGGAUGGCUUCAUAAAUUGGAUCCGCUUGAGCCUGUUCUUCUGUUCACUAAACCUCUAGAUUCAGGAAAACUGGCAGCUGCAGGCAUUGCGCCACCAUCAGAUUCUUUGAUGAAGAAUGGUGGAUCUGGACGCCCAUAUAACUUUCAUGGUAGGAUUGGCAGAGGUGGGCGAAUAGUUUUUGACAGAUGGAAUCCGCUUAUGCAUACACCAAUUGACUGUGGCAACUCUUUUUCUAUACCACCAAAACCCCGGCCUUGAAUGCAUAAUUGACUGACUAGUUGUGUAUAAUAUAAUAUCUCAUCUCAUUCGAGGUGAGAAAAGUUGACCUGGUUGAAAGUGGAUUUCACUUUCUUCAUUUUCAGUGGCCAGGCUUAGGAGAUUCGCAAGAUUAGUGCUUCUGUGAGCUUAAGCACAGGUGUAAAUGGUUGUAUCUGUGCUAUGGUAAUCCUACACCGGAAGCAUCCGUUUGGUAUGCCUCUUCCCAAUUGUACAAUUAUUUUUUAUCUUUGUUCAAAGUAAAUGAAGGAAUCUCUCUCUCCC